AUGACGACAGCAACUACUUUGCGUUAUCAAGAAAGACGUGCAACUCCUUCACAUCAUCAAACAUGCCUACAAUGCAUUCAAUUCUAUACUUCUUAUCUCACGCCACAUAAUCGUGCAAAUGCUCAUCCUCAUCAAAAUCCACUACCUCCACCUCCACAUCAUCAACCUGUUGAAAAUGAAAAUGAAUCACGUAACGAAAUAUCUGUGUUGAUGUAUCACAAGAGCAGUGAUAUUAAACAAAGCAAUGAUCCAAGUUGUUUCUGUGGGGCAUUAUUACGUUGCUUAUGA